ACCAAUCACAAAUCACACUUUUAGCAAGUCAACCAUCUCAUCUUUUCACUUUUAGCUUCAAAGAGUUCUAAAAAUGGUGAAGUUGGCAAUUGGUAGCAUCGAUGACUCUUUUAGUGCAGUUUCACUCAAGUCUUACUUGGCUGAGUUCAUUGCCACCCUUCUUUUCGUGUUUGCGGGUGUCGGGUCCGCUAUUGCUUAUGGUAAGCUCACAGCAGAUGCAGCACUAGAUCCAGCUGGACUAGUUGCAAUCGCAAUAGCCCAUGCAUUUGCACUCUUUGUUGGAGUCUCAAUAGCAGCCAACAUCUCCGGAGGCCAUUUGAAUCCAGCUGUCACCUUCGGAUUGGCUAUUGGUGGUAACAUCACCAUCAUAACCGGUCUAUUUUACUGGAUUGCCCAACUGCUUGGAUCCAUCGUUGCAUGUUUACUCCUACAAUUUGUUACUGGUGGCUUGGCCGUUCCAACACACGGAGUUGCUAGUGGGAUGAGCAGUAUUCAAGGAGUCGUGUUUGAGAUUAUCAUAACAUUUGCUCUAGUCUACACAGUCUAUGCCACCGCUGCUGACCCUAAAAAGGGAUCACUCGGAACCAUUGCACCCAUCGCAAUCGGCUUUAUUGUUGGAGCCAACAUUUUGGCUGCUGGAGCUUUCAGCGGUGGCUCAAUGAACCCUGCUCGGUCAUUUGGCCCUGCUGUCGUCAGCGGAGACUUCUCACAAAACUGGAUUUAUUGGGUCGGCCCACUUAUCGGUGGUGGGUUGGCUGGAUUCAUCUACGGUGAUGUUUUCAUUGGAUCAUACGAGACACUUCCAACCUCAGAGGACUAUGCUUAAGUUUUUUUAAUCCCUUUAUGCUUCGUUUGUUUCAGUUUGUAUUUCAUUUUUUUUGCUGAAUGGUUGAGGAUGUAACAUCCUUAUUGAUUAACGUUUCAAGAUUUAUGGAAGGCCGGGAAGACUUAAGAAUUGUAAAAUAAUAUUGUUUACACCGGAAUACAUACAAUCUUAAACUUGCCAUGGUUUCGUUUGGUCUCUUCAUUUCGAAAAAAAUUCAUGCUUGUAAAUU